AUGUUCAGCAAACUAAUUUUAUGGUUUAAGGAUCUCAGAAUGAGUAACUAAAUAAUAAUCAUCAACUUUUUUAUAAUAAUAUUUGCUGUAUUCCUGGUAUUAGUAACAGCACAUGUAUAAUAAGCAAUAUUUUUCACAUACAUUUAAGAAGUACAAUAAGCAUUAUCUUUAAAAUAAGAGAAAAGUAUUGUAAACAAUAUCUCUAAAGAAUUACGUCUUUACAUUCAAUAGAAAAAUUAUCAAAGUACUCAUUACAUCAAAUAUAAUUAGCAAUUUUAAAUCUAUGGCAUUCAUAAUAAAUGGUUUAUUAAUUUAUAUAGAAAUAAGCCUAGUACUAAAUCAAAGUGAAUUAAUUUUAAGAUUGUAUUGAAUAGGAAGAGAUAAGAGAGGAUAAUAUAAUCUAUAAUUCAGACAUUAUUUGUUAAGGAUUAUUCACAAAAUAAUAUGAUAAUCAAGCAAUUUUACUAAACAAAACGCUUUCAUUAUUAUCUCCUUUCUCAUAAAUAUUUUUAGGCGAUGAAUAAAAUAAGAUAUCAUUUAUUGAUGUACCAAAUAAUUAAAUAUUCGCAUAAUAUCCAAGGAUGUAUAAAUACAAAAACUACAUCCCAAAUACAAGACCAUGGUAACAUUGAAUAAUAUUAUAGGUACAAGAAUCAUAUUGAUCAAUAUGAGAUUAAUCCAAAUUAAUAAUAUUAUUAUUCUCCUAUUUAUACAUCAGUUAGAAGUUUUAUGCCAUAUUUUUCAUUGACAUAUUCUUUGAUUAUUAAUUCAACAUUAUUUGGAAUAACAUCAUAACUCUAAGAAAUUUAUGAUAAAAAAAUCUAAAGUAUACCAAUGAGUAUAUUUUUGGUCAAUUAAAAUGGAGAUAUUAUUUUGACUACUAUGCCAUCUAUAUCCUAAACCAAUCUCCUUAUUACAAUAAUUAAUUAAACAUAUACAGGUUUUAAUUAGACCGAUUGGGACUUAAUAAAAAAGAAUUCCAACUAGAAAACCUCAUAAGAAACUGCUUUCUAUCUUGAAAAUAAAAUAUUCAAUAAAACUGUUUUUGUUAAUGCUUUUAACUUUGAAAAGGAAAACCUAACUUUGAUUGUGUAAGAUGAUUAAAGUAUUUUUAAGUUUCAAAAAUGUGAGUUAUGAACUCGAAAUGGGUGAUAAAAUAUAAGAUCAAGUUGAUGCAAUUAAGAUGAAAAUGAUCCAAGAAAUAGAAAUUUAUGUUGGAAUAUGCCUUUUCUUAGUACUUAUAACCACUAGGUUAAUAAAAUGUAUAUCAGCUCCUUUAUUAAAUUUGAUUUAAGUGAUUAAUAGUCAUGUUAAGAAAAUAGGAAACAAUUUAAAUUCAGAAAUAUUUAAAAUGGCAAUAAAAAGUAAAAAGUAAGCAGAUGUAUAUACAUCACUUGCAUAUUCAUUCUUAGGUUUCAAAGAUUUAUAAACAAGAAGAUCAGAAUGUAAGAAUUAAACUUGUAAAUAUAUUGAAGAUUUAAAAUACAAUUUAAAGUAUUAAGAAACUGAUUGCAGUAAAAUUAAACAAUCAAUUUAACUUAUCCAUAGUUAAGAAGCAUAAGAAAAACAUUAUUCAUUUUAAAAACCCUUUCUUUUAAGAAGCUUUUCACAAAAAUAAAUGAAGGUUACUACUGAUGAUGAAACAUCAUAUAGAUUACUCCUAAUUAACUAAAUAUUUUAACAAUUGUUUUAAAAGCAAAAUCAUCUUUGA